GGCAGACUCGUCUAAAGACAUGGAUCUCACCGUCACAGACUGUGUUGCUCUUUCUGUUUACACCUUCACCUUCCUGCUGGGGCUUCCUGCCAACCUGCUCGUCUUCUUCGUCUACAUCCGCAAGGCUCGCAAACACGGUGCCACGCCCAACGUGGUCUACGCCCUGAACCUGUGCCUGGCCAACCUGGCGCUGGUGGCCUGGCUGCCCGUGAAGAUUUUAGAGACGCUGCUGAAGGACUGGACGCUGCCAGCGCCCGUGUGUCCAGUCUACAGCUUCUUCCUCUACUCCUCGCUGUACGCCAGCUGCCUCUUCAUCACCGCCGUCACCGUGGGCCGCUACCUCAGCAUCGCCUUCCCCAUCAUAUACAAGAGAUACCGCCGGGCUCGACUGUCCUGCUUGACAUGCGCCGCCUUGUGGGCGUUGGUGAUAGUGCACCUUGGGGUUAGCCUUCAGGCUGAAGGCGGGGCUUACUUCGUCGGCGUCCAGGACGAAGUCUCGGCCUGCUUCGAACAUUUCAACGAGACGCAGCUGAAGGUGCUGCUGCCUCUGCGCCUGGAGAUGGCCAUUGUCUUGUUUAUCGUGCCCCUGAUUGUGACUUCUUUCUGUACGCUGCGCUGCGUCACUCUGGUGUGGCGCUCAAACUUGCCUCCUGUGGGGAAGAGGAGAGUCCUGGCGGUGGCGCUGUCCACGCUGGCCGUGUUUGUGAUCUGCUACGCCCCCUACAACACUUCGCACAUCGUGGGGUUUGUCCAGCAACAAAGUGUUCAUUGGCGGACGAUAGCGAUGCUGACGAGCUCCUGUAACGUCUUCCUGGAGCCGGUGGUGAUGCUGAUGCUUUCGCCCGUUGUGUCCAGGGGCAUUCUGGGAAGGAUCUGUGGCCAGCAGAGUCACUUCAGGUGGAGCGACGGGUCUCGACAUCGAGGGAAACCCACCAGUGGGUUUGCAAAUAUCAAAGUGCCGCCGCCGCCGUCUGAGAAGGUGCGGGCGGAGGGCGGAGUGACGAAGGAGAGUCAAGGAAGCGCUGGAGAACAAAACAAAGGAACCAUCUUUCAUAUUCACGUGUGAACCGGCUCAGAUCUGCGCGUUGGGGACGUUAACGUCUUUUGACCGAUUGUUUCAGGUGAAGACAGAAAGGUGAAGCUCUGAUGACCACAGACAUAAGAUGGUGCAGACCAGUUUGCUGAAAAUAAACCUCGCCUCAUGUUGUUUUUACUGAGAGCAACUAAACUGUUAAUCCUCAGGAUUCUAACACAUGGAGCCUUUUUCAAAGCAGCGCCGACCUUCCAGUCAGACCAUCGGGUUAGAGACAAAUCGCUCCGUUUGGCCAUCUCUCUGUGGCUUAAAUAACAGAUUUACAUUAAACAGCCUUAGUUGAAUUACAGCUCUGACUAAUUUUAUACAUUUAACAGCAAUUUUAUGUUUAAAAUAAACCGUUUCAAUACAUAAAUAAAUGCU